AUGACUGUGGGAGGGGCCUGGGGGCGCUUUACGCUGAGGUCUCAACCAAUCAGCAGAGCCCUUACUCCGUCCAUUUCACAGAUGAGACCACCCAGGGUUGUGGCAGUGCUGGGAGGCGUGCGGGAGUCUGGCCCCACACCUAGCUUCCCCGCAGAGUCUGGAACAGGAGGCCAGGCCUCCGAAGGCAGGGAGAGACUGAAGCCUCCCCAUUCCCGAGGUCCCUCGCAGGUCUCCACCACCCCGGCCUCAAAGGCUCAGGCCCCCAGUCUCCAGGGAGGCCUCUGGCAUCCUGCUUGGCAGGGACUGCACAGGCCUUUGGAGCAGGACGUGUCAGGCUCUCCCAUGAGGUGGCUGAGGAGUCAGGACAGGACAUCCUCUUCUGCCUUUCCUUCCAAGUGGCCGAACGCGGCUGAUCUUCUGAAAGCCCCCAGAGCCCGCAUUUUCAUGAUCCCACUGAUAGAGGUGAGCGCUGAGGCUCACAGAGGUGAGAUGACCUCUCUGAGGACAUGCAGCUGCCAAGGGCCAAGGGAUGAGUGGGGGCCCACCUUCCCAAUGGCAUCUCCCCCCGGUCUGGAACUGAAGACACUACGUAAUGGCCCCCAGAUCCCAAGGAGACCAGCUCCUCUGGGCCCGGCGGCUGCGCCCAGGGAGGGUGUGGAGAACGUCUGCUUUUCCUCAGAGGAGCACGAGACCCAUUUCCAGAACCCAGGGGACACCAGACUGGGUAGAUCCCCCAGUCCCUCAGCAGGGGGCCCCUCACGGCCCCGAUCCCAGCGAUCCCAGCGGGACGAUCUAUCCCUGCGUUCUGAAGAGGGGCCGGGCCUGGAGCCCGUGAGCCGCCCAGUGGAUUACGGCUUUGUUUCUGCUCUGGUUUUUCUGGUGAGUGGGAUCCUCCUAGUGGUGACAGCGUACGCCAUCCCCCGUGAGGCCCGCGUCAACCCUGACACAGUGACGGCGCGGGAGAUGGAACGACUAGAGAUGUACUAUGCCCGCUUGGGCUCCCACCUAGACAAGUGCAUCAUCGCGGGCCUGGGGCUGCUCACUGUGGGCGGCAUGCUUUUGUCAGUGCUGCUGAUGGUCUCCCUGUGCAAGGGGGAGCUCUACCGCCGGCCCACCUUCGUCCCUGGCAGGGGCUCCCGGAAGACCUAUGGCUCCAUUAACCUGCGCAUGAGACAGCUCAAUGGGGAAGGAGGCCAGGUGCUGGUGGAGAAUGAGGUUGUCCAGGUCUCAGAAACCAGCCACACCCUCCAGGGCUCUUAAGUAAGAGCCCACCCUAUCUGGCUGCUUUGGCUUCAGGGCUGCAAGGCCCCCUGAGAGCCUGGGGUUGCAGACUGAGCUCCACAGAGGGCCCUGCAGGAGGGGCCUUGGGUGCUGGAGGGGGAGUCCUGGGGCCAGAUCCAGGUGGCAGGUGGGAGAGCACCCCCCCCAUCUGUCGGCAGCUUGAGGUUUUGCAUUAUUUGGAGGAUGGCUUCUGUUGCUAAAAAUACAAAAGUUUGGAAACCAC